AUGCCAUUUCCAGCACCCCCCUCGGGCUGGGGGUGGGGAGGGCCCAAAUGCAAGUUCCAGCAACAAAGGCUGGCCCGGGCAGUGUGGGGUCCACUUGCCUGGGCUGGCCCCAAGGCGAAGGCAGCCCGAGCGAGAGCCCGAGUGCGAGCUGACGUCAUCGCUUAUGCCAGCGUGACGUCAGCACGCGGUUGUAAAAUUUUUUUACCGUUGGCGCGUGCAUUGCACGCGCCAACGUUAAAAAAAUUCAAAAUCGCGCGUCAGCUUUUGCGCCCAACGGUAACGUGCGACGUGGCAGCCUCUUGUCCUUCCGAUUUCGCCUUGUCAGCCAAUCCGACGGCCUGGAAUUUUUCCAGGCAAAAAAUGAUGAAAAAAAAUCAAACCGGAGGGGCAUGGAGCGUCAUGGAAGAUGUCUUGUUGUGUGAGUGUUGGAUCCAAAUUAGUCAUGAUCCCAUAUCGGGUAAUGAGAUGAAAUUCAGUCAAAUGUGGAAAAAAAUUCUUCACGAAUUUGUUGAAAGAUCGGGUUCCACCCGUACGGAAAGCGCAUUGUCAAGUCGGUGGAAACUUCUCAACAAAGAGUUGGGGAAAUGGAGAGAUGCCCUCACAAAAGCGAUGAAUAACCAUGCAAGCGGGGAAAAUCUAAGCGAUGAGAUUGUGCAAGCUCAAAUGUUCUAUGGUGCUACUGGAGUAGGGAAAAAAAGUUUCACCCAUACCCAAUGUUGGGAGGUGGUGAAGCAUUGUAAAAGAUUUAGCAUUAUUCCAACGGCUCCAACGGUGGUGUUAAACGAGACGCCACUUCAUGAUUCACAAGCUUCGGAUUCGCCUAUGGAAUCCCCUAUGAGUGAAGACUUACCCAUUCAAAAGGAGCCGAGGCCUAUGGGGAGGAAGGCGGCAAAGGCAAAGAGAGGAGUUAAUUCUACGAGUAAUACCUCUAAAUUUUUAGAGGAAAUUGCAAGGCAAAGCGCCUUGAGAAUUGAAAUAGACAAGAAAGUCCAAGAAGAUGAUAGGGCAAUGGCAAUAGAAUUUGCUAAAGAAAGGGAGUAUGUACGCAAAGAAAGGGAGUAUCGACGCAAAGAAAAUGAAGAAAGGAAGGAUCGGGAAACCAUGGCCAUGGAUACAAGCCACAUGUCUCCUGAAACAAAACAAUAUUGGAAGCUAGAACGAAAGGCUAUUAUGAGACGAAAACUUUUUCGUGAUGAUGGACCUAGCAAUACGGAUUGGUUAAAUGAUGAAAACCCUUAA